AUGGAUGAUCAGCAGAAGAUCUCGGUCCACGAUCUGGGCACGAGGUCCGUUACUCUUUUCCCCGACCGCGCUCAGGUCACUCGAGACAUCAGGGUGGGACUUGGGCCCGGCACGACCGAAGUUAUCAUCACUGGACUCGACCCAAGUGUCGACAAGCGCUUCGUCAAGAUCAAGAGCAGCGGAUGUGCAAUCAUUGACGACGUUACUGUUGAGACCCGGCCCAAUUGCGAUAAGUCUCAUGAUGUUUGCCCCGACAUGGAGUUCGAGGACCAGUCCGAUUCAGAGGAUCGCAAUGAUGGUGAUCAUGCAGAUUUUGAGCUUCCAGAGCUGAAGGAAAACCAAGACCAGAUCGCAAAGCUCCACGAGGAGCAGAAUCGUGCUACAGAAACCAUCGUCAGUGCCCAGAGACAAUGUGAGUUUCUUGACUCCUACAAUAGCAAGAUAACCAGCUCUCCUCCAAAAUCCGACAAACCCCUCGAAGACUUGGACAUCACGACUGUACUGGAAAACUACAGAAAGGAACGCAGCAAGCUUUACGAAACUGUCUUGGCUGAAACCUCCAAGAAGCGUGAGAUCGAGCAGAAGAUUUCCGAUCUGGCCAGAAAGCAAGACCCACUGCGUAAACGUCGAGACAAACAGCAGGCAAUGAUCCAAAAGAAUAGGGCCAAAAUGCUGCGAGCAAAAGAGAAACGGUCGCGGGAAAUUGCGCAACUUCGCCGUGAGGAAGAACAUAUCUGGCCAGAGCGCAUCCACGUGAUCAAAGUCAGCCUGUUUAAUAGAGCUAGAGCCAUGGGUGUAAGUGAUCUCGAGCUUAUCUACGACACGCGCGCGGCCUAUUGGUCGCCCAGCUACAACCUCUCUUUUUCGAGCACCACCAAGUCGACCGUCUUACGUUUUGACGCACACAUCACCAAUAUGACAUCUGAAACCUGGUCAAACUGCAGGGUGACCUUGGCUGACUCUAGGGGAUGGUACUCUGGUCUCGAAGACGACUUCUCAAAUUUUGCCCAGCGGUACAUCAAAUUCGGAACAGGGAAAGCCAAACCCCUGGGAUAUCCCAACAAUUACCACAAUCCGCUCAUCUUCUCAGGAGGAGACCUUGUACGCAGUCGACUUGACGCUGCCAAGAAGAGCUCGCUGAAUGAAAACCUAAAGGCUAUGCAGCGUCCAACUCCUUCGCCUGCCCUUGUAGGUGCUGAUAGGGUCUUGCCACCUCCCACAGCAAGUCUUGCCCGCAAGGAAGGCCCAACGGGCGUUCAAGCGUAUCCCGAGCUCGGUUUCCAGGAAUCACCAUUCGAGGAGACUGAUCUUGGCUCUAUCUACGAGCUCAAGGGCCUGAAGUCGCUGGCCCCGUCGCCAGACGACUCAAAGCACAUUGUUACCCACAUUGUGUUCAAGUCCGUCAACUUUAGUCGCAUUGUCGUCUCCAUGCACAAGCCUUCAGCAUAUAUCAGAGCUGAAAUCCUAAACGACAGCAGGGUUUACCUCAUGGACGGUCCUGUAGGCCUGGUAAUGGACGGAGUCUUCAUCAGGCGUGCUGAGCUCCCUUAUUGCAUUCCAGGCGGUUCCUUUACGCUGGGAUUGUGUCUUGAUCCUGAAAUUCUUGUCGAGCCCUCGAUGCCGGAAUUCACUCGCACCCCAUCUAGUUCGUCCACGGCGGGACAGGUGGUGACUUACAAGCAAACGGUCAAGAUUUUCAACACGUGUUCUAGGGAUAGGGAGGAGUCCGUGCAGAUCACCGUCAUAGAUCCGUCGCCCAUUGACAACAAAGACGGGAAUGUCUACACUCGUCUCGUGCAACCCCCUGGUCUCACACCGGGAGGACCUGGAGUCGAAGCCGGCGUCGGCAUCGAGGGCAAAAGCCCAAGCCCGUUUCCACACUGGGGAAAGGCAACCGCUGCGCUGACGAGUGGAGGCGACCUUGCUUGGGACGUUACCCUCAAUGCUGGCAAAGGCGUCGAAAUGACUCGGGAAUAUUGCGCGCUCGUUCCCCAUGGUAGGGACCGCGGCAAUGUCUUGACCGAUGUAGCAAAUUGGGUCGAGAAGGCAGCUGAGGUAGAACAUGAAUGCGCCGGUGCAACUCCAUCGAGUCUUGACGAGUUCACAGCUGGAGGUUGA